CCUGUCAAGUUAUCAUCAGAAAUUCCAGCGCAGACUGAAGUCAGCGCCGGUAUGGAAGGAAAACAAAUAGACCCGACCCCCUUAGCGUCGGGAAGUAAAGUGGGGACUCCGCCUAUUGAGCGCCCAAGUCGGGAAUCGAAACCGUCACCCGAUGUGGAAUCACCGAAAAAAGAAGAAAAAGAAGGGAUCUCGGAGGUCAUAGUCCCCAACCAAGAGACGACAAUUGAGAUCGUACAGCCCCCAGGAGUUAACACAGGGCGCCUCAUCCUGGGAAUUGAAUAUGCGGGCGGAUCCGACACAGCUUUCCAAGGGCCAGGUGUUGUUGUAUACAAAAUUGAAAAAUCCGGGCUUGCGGCAAGUGAUGGUCGUAUCCGGCUCGGAGACCAAAUCAGAAAGGUCAACGACACAGUGAUAACCGAAGAUUUGCCACUGAAUAGAAGAAGAUAUAUAAUCGAGACUCUCGCUCCACCUAAGGCACGGUUCACUAUUUUUCGACCUGACCCGAUUCCUUUCGACUUUUAUGAGGUACGCCUGACGAAGGAAACCAAGUCUGAACGGUUUAAAAUGACUUAUGAAUGUCACGGUGUGCACGAGAGAAAUCGAGGGGUUUAUGUGAAAAAAACGUAUCAAGAUGAUGGCGGUUUUGAGCUUAUCCAUCCCGGUGACAUUUUUGUGACCAUCAACAAUAAAAUAGUAAUAUCAGUACCAGACAUUGCUAAAAUCCUAUCGAGCCAUAUAUCUGUUCUUAUAAAAUUUAAACGAUUUAAGUUAACACGACCUGAAGUUUAAUUUCUUUAACUGCUUAUAUACAAUUUAUGUCUAAUGGAUAGCAAAAAUUACAUGUGACCGCUCCGCAAGCGUGAAUCUCAAUAAAUACUUUUAAAAAAAAUAUGUUUUUAAAAUUAAAUUAUUCAGAUUUAUA